CAGCUUUUGAAUCCUUCUCUGUCUCCUCUCUCUCUCUCGGCAAUAAUGAUAACGUGAAGAAGAGGCACCUCAGCAAAGAUCUAAAACUCACCCGCUCCCAUUAGCCUUUUCGUCUUCUUUCUCCGGUUAGUUAGCUCACAGAGCAGCGCGCUUGAAGUGCUUGGACUCUCUCGAGCGUGUUUUUUUUUGUCUUUAAGAGCUCUUCCUCUUCUAACAGAUCUGGUGUUACUGUCUACCGCAGGAUCACAUAGAGGACGGUGAAGAGAUGGGCAAGAAAGCAAAAUGGUUUUCUAGCGUCAAGAAAGCAUUUAGCCCAGAUUCAAAGAAGUCGAAGCACAAAUCACCGGAGAGCCCAAAUGGUGUCAUCUCUAACCUUCCCCCUCUAACGGAGAACGCCAGGCAAUCUCCUCCUCCUCCUCCUCCUCUUGAGGUGAGAGUAGCCGAAGUGGUUGCUGAACGGAACCUGAAUCUUUCCCCUCCUUCCACAUAUGCUACGACCACUGAUGUUCUUGUAGUCCCAUCUUCAUCCUCCGCUCCUCCUCCUGAGGUGGUGGUUCGUCCUCGUGCUCGGUUUGCUGGAAAGUCAAACGAAGAAGCGGCUGCAAUCUUGAUCCAGACUGUAUUCAGAGGCUAUUUGGCAAAAAGAGCAAUACGGGCAAUGAGGGGUUUGGUGAGGCUUAAGACAUUGAUGGAAGGAUCUGUUGUGAAACGUCAAGCUGCAAACACUUUAAAAUGUAUGCAGACUCUCUCCCGUGUACAGUCUCAAAUCCGAGCUAGGAGAAUCAGGAUGUCAGAAGAGAAUCAAGCUCGCCAGAAACAACUCCUUCAGAAGCAUGCCAAAGAGCUUGCUGGCUUGAAGAACGGGGAUAAUUGGGAUGAUAGCAUUCAAUCAAAGGAGAAAGUUGAAGCGAAUCUGCUGAGCAAGUACGAGGCAACGAUGAGAAGAGAAAGGGCAUUGGCUUAUGCAUACACUCAUCAGCAAAACUGGAAGAACAAUUCUAAAUCUGGUAAUCCGAUGUUCAUGGAUCCGAGUAAUCCGACAUGGGGUUGGAGCUGGUUAGAGAGAUGGAUGGCUGGUCCUGGUCGGCCAUUGGAAGAACCAAACAACGACAAUGCCGCUUCAGUCAAGAACUUAACUCAACCAAACACACCAUCAUCCGCAAGAGGUGGCACUACUCCAAGAAACAGAAACAAAAACAAAUACAGUUUCUUCUCUCCUCCAACUCCCUCAAGACUAAACCAAUCCUCCAGAAAAUCUAAAGAGGAUGACGACGCCAAAAGCACGAUCUCGGUUCUGUCCGAGAGGAACCGUAGACACAGCAUCGGUGGUGGUUCAUCACUGGUCAGAGAUGACGAGAGUAUGGCUGGAUCACAGGCUCUACCGAGCUAUAUGGUUCCGACUAAAUCAGCUAGAGCCAGGCUGAAGCCGCAGAGUCCGUUAAGUGGUACCACCACACAGGAGAACGAUGGGGUUGCUGACAAGGCGUCGGCUAAGAAGCGCCUCUCUUAUACGAAUUCACCUGCGUUGCCUAAACCAAGGAGGUUCUCAGCUCCACCUAAGGUGGAGAGUGUCGCCGUGACCAAUGGAGGAGGAAGCUGAGCUAUUUAUGAUUUGUCUUUAAAAAAAAAAAAAUGUAUUUUCCACUUUAUGGUUAUGUCCGAGAUUGUUGCAUGUUGUUAUGUGGUUCCCUUUCAUUUUGUAAUUCAUUUGUGCAGAGUGUAAGCGUCUGUUAUUUAAAUUUACUACAAAUUUUUAUUA